AUAAAGCUUCGCGAAUUCUGGAAAAUGGCAGUACCUCAACCAACUGCGGAUCGCUGCCAUGAUAAGAAAUAUAAAUUGUUCAAAAUGCUUGGCGAAUACCUUGAUCUCUGUAUACGCAUUUCCGUUGUAGUCUUUUGUGCUAACUUCAUAGAGCGUUUGUGUUCUGUAUCCAUCGAAUAUAUAUUCUAUAAAAAGUACUAUUUACCUGAGGAUCGACUAAGCACCAUUAUCCGGCGUGCUUGCACAUACAACGUCAACACAAUAUGGCUGGCAAUAAUGUUGUUGUUACUGGGGUUCGCGCGAUUUGGCAGCACCGGCAACUUGAAGAAUUUGCUGCCCAAUCAUGUCUACCUCGCCUGUAUGCCGCUUUAUUGGGUAUUCAGUUUUGCCCAGCUGAGUUAUCGUCCAUUGGGCUAUGCUCAUUGGAUACGUGGAACACAUGGCUUAGAUUAUGCUGCUGGAAUGGCCUCGAAUUAUUUCCACGGGUAUUUAAAACUUGCAUUGCCCGAACGCAAUGACGAUGGAUUGAAGAAAAGGAUGCAAGUGUAUGAGGAUACUCAUAGUAUAAAUUUCGCAACAGAUCGUUUGAUCAUACUGAUUCCAGAUGAUAUGUUUGUUAAGGGCAUCAUUGUCAGCGACUUGCUCGAAAAGGCUGAGCCUUUGGAGACAACAUUUAUAAAUAGGGCAGGUGUUAAUCGACCGUUUAAGCAUGCGGUAUACAGGCUAAAGCGACAAAUAAAUGGCACAACCUACUACUUUGCGAUGGAAGGUGCCACUCCAAUGUUGUCCUUCUUUGAGGCUAUGAACUCCCAAUCCUCGACUUCAUGGCAAAUGCGGGAAAUGAAGCGAGAAAUAUGGCUAAAGUUUGCCAAACAUUUGAAGGAGUUGACCAGCAGCUGGCCGGAAACUGAACAUGAAGUAGAGCUGUUUAUCUAUAACUCGCGCAAUUUAAAUGGAGAAUCAGCAGAUGUCGGCGAGUUGCUUUUCGCACAUUUUGAAGCACGUUUAGGCAAUAAGAAACAGUUGAAUUAAUUAUCAUUUAUUAAGGAUGCAGCACUUGAAUACUUGACUUACGAAAUCUGAGACUUGAUAUUAGCAAUAUCAUUUACAUAACUGACAAUAAAGAUGAUCUUAAGAACUACCAUUCGAAUCUA